AUGCGCUUCUACGUCGACUCGCGCAUGGAGGCGAUGAUGAACUUGAAGAUCACGGGCAAGGGGGGCAAGGACUUCUUCAAGCGAGGCCACUACCCUGCCACGGCCGCUGACAGCGCUUCCCAGACCCCCCUGAAUACAUGGAUCAAGAUCGCAGAUUUCGGCUUCGCCAAGCACUGCACGAUGACCGUCUGGACGCUGCGUGGUACCUCAGACUACCUUGCACCCGAGCUUACUGGCAACGUGUGGUACAAUAACAGUGUGGAUUGGUACGCCCUUGGGGUGCUCAUCUUCAAGAUGCUCUCCGGGCUGCCGCUGUUCCACGAGCCAGACAUCUCGCCCGUCGUGUCGUGCGAGAAGAUCGCGUGGGGCCUGGCGUGCAUAAUGGCCGGCGUUCAACGCAAACACUACCGAUCUGAGCUAAAGGAGUAUCAAGUGGCUCGAACUGUCCCCGCAAACACAUACGCAGGGGAGCAUGCCAACUAUACCUCACCAACUUCUGCCCUCUGGGACCCGACUGCCCCCACAGCCAGUAUGCGCAUCUGCCAGCAGAUCUCACCCAUCCUUGACCAGAGCACGGGGAGAGCUGUGCCAGACGUCAUGCAGUCAUACCUGCACCGAAUCCACGAAGGGCAGGCCAUCGGCAACCGAUCCGAUAGCCGCAGCACGAGCAGCCAUGGCUCGGACAACGACCUUGCCGUGAAGAUCGAAGACAACAUCUUGAACGCGCUCGGCCAGCUCGCCCUCGACGAGCACGGGCACCCGACAGGGAACUCGUCCACAAUGUCGUCAAUUCAGCAACUGAAGAAGGCGACAACGUCCCCGCUGCACUGUGUCAAACCGAUAGAGGAGGACCCGCUCGCUCCUGGGCCAAGCGUCAACAAGUUAUCUUUCCCCACAAGCGUGUACUUCGGGAAGGUUAGGGCCCUACCGAGACUGGAGGGAGUUGAGUACCCCGAGCGGGGCCUCGUAGACAAGUUCGUCGGUGCGUACUUCGCCCGUUUCCACUUCCUCAUGCCCAUAUUGGAUAACCCGGACUUUAUGCGCCAGUAUAGGUACCUCUUGGAUCGCCCAGUUUUGUCUCGCUUCGUGGACGAUCUGCGGCUGAAGACGACCGAUCACCUCAAGGAAGCCGGUAUGGGCAUGGUUUACCAUGAACGUGCGCUUAUCUUGCACUACAUCAGUGCCGCCUCGAUGCAGGUCGAGCACGUUCAAUGCUUCUUGCUGAUGUCUUCGUUCCUGUGUCCCAUCAACGGCUUAUCGCAAGCGUGGCUUUGAGUCGGGCAAGCUGUCCGCGCAGCACAAGACAUCAGUCUUCCCACGCCUUCUCAUCUCUCUGGUUGAGAAUGAGACGUGUUGUAAGAUCUGAUGCUGAUUGCGACGUGGACAUCCCCGUCAAGCUCGACAAUCAACUGCACCCGCAACACUUUGCAGGCACCUUGCUCCCCCAGGGCAGAUCUCGCUCAUGCAGGGAUCCAUCGAGCUCAUCUUGCUUUACAGGAUCGCUGGACGAGUCCUCCACGAGGUAUACGCACUUGACAAGGACCACCUCGAGAUGGACAAACGGGCUGAGCUGCAGCGGUCCAUCGAGACGUUCAACUGACACCUCACCAAGUGGUGGGAAGACCUCCCUGCGGUCUUCAAGUCGAACUGGAUGUGGCCAGCAAAGUCCGCUGGUGGUGCGCAGAGCGGACCUUGUCGCCCAGAUGAGUUUUGUCCCAUCUAGUGUCGCUUGCGUUGAGGAUGCCCUGCCACAAUAUGGCGCACGGCACACUGCGUCUGGAGGGCGGUUGUUCUGUGAUGAAC